AUGCAGCCCUUGACCAGCCAUGGGCUCGAUCACUACGACGUAGUGAACUGGAUUUUGCGGCCGGUGUCUGAAGCAAACAAGGGUUCAUUUGUGGAGAUGGUCGCAACUUGCAUUCAGGAGCUGGACAUCGGUAGAGCAUGCUUGCCGGAGCCUGAUCACCUGACAGCGCCAGUAGAGGGCAUAAGAGUCUUGCAAGCCGUGCAGGAGCCAGGGUAUUAUUUGAGCCAUUAUUUUGGCCAGCCUGUCGGAGACAUACUGCAAUGUGUACGCCACCAUCUUCGAACAAGACACUUUUCGGAUGACACCCCGUAUUGGAUAUGGGCCUACGCACAUCGCUAUGGGCAGGAUGAUGUGUUGCCGGACAGAAUCUACAGCUCACCGGUCUGGCAAGCGAUGGGCAAAUCGCGUGGAAUACUGCUGGCGCUGGGCAAUUCCUCAGUCCCCCUUAGCCGAACCUGGUGUUUGCUGGAGAUCACUUUGGCAAUGGAGCGACGCCAGGCAAUGGACAUCGCUGCGUGCUCACCAGAAGGUGUGAAACUCUUGACUGACCAUCUGACAGAAGUGGAGCGCAAAACUGAACACCAGAAUCCUGGAGCUGGCUUUAAGCAGAAGAGCCAGCGAGAGCAGACAUUUCCGGCGGAAAUUCUUCUAGCUGCCCUUGACAUCGGCCUUGAGAGAUCCGAUGCUUCGAGCAAGUUGGACCGCAACCGCAUCCUCUACAAGCUCUUGGAAGAACGAGGCGUGGAGAUCGGUUCUGUGCCGCUUCAUCGGCUCUUGGAGAAAAUGAACAUUAAGCUGCGCGCUUUCUUCGCCUCGAUGCUCUGGUUCCCUGUGCUGGAGACGGAGAGUGGAAAGCUCCAACGCACGCGAACGGCUUUAGCAGACUGCAUCCGAGCAAAUGCAGCCAGAGAUUGCAUUGAAUUGAGCUUUUGUGCAUCACGAAUCGACGAUGCCCACAUGGCAGCACUUGCUCGUUCAAUGCACAAGAACCUGGCAACCGUGAACUUGAACUUCUGUAUGUGCCCCCAUGUCACCGCAAAAGGCAUGGAAGAUGUAGCCAAAUGUUUGCCGGCCAAGCUCCGUACCCUGAGGCUGAAUUUCAAGUCGUGCUCUGGUAUUGGACAGGGAGGUGUGGAUGCAUUGUCCAACUCACUUCCUCCCGGCAUUCGCAGCGUUCAGUCACUGAAGCUUGCUGCCCUGCACGGGUUUUUGGAUCUGGAUUUGUCCGUGGUGGAAUAUUUGAGUGACAAGAGCUUGUUGGCCUUGGCCGAGAUGCUGAAUGACCUCUGUGUGGUUGCCAUACUAGAGGGCUUGCCACCUGUCACACUUCUGAAGCUUGACUUCGCCUUCUGCAACAUCUCGGAUGAAAGCAUCGAGUCCUUGGCAACUCGAGUGAAAUCCAUGCCUGACCUUUGUGUUAUGCACAUCAGCUUCCACGGCUGUCAGAAUAUUUCAGAAGCAUCUGUUGGCCACUUGGUGCAAGUGCUCCCUUCUUCUUUGAAGGGUGCCAAGCUGAACCUUUGCGAGACGCCUCUGCCACUGACCAUUCAGAAGCAUUGUAGACGCCUGGUGACAAUGCGUGCGUGGAUGCCUUUCAAGCCCUUUGUAUCUGCCGUCAAGGAGGUUCCUGGCCCUAGCACGUCGGACGUGCCAGGUGGCACGGAGAAGGGUCUGAGCCUGCGCAGCUUGGAUCUCUUUGUGCGAAGAGGACUCGUGCAAACGACGGGAGGCAAGGCACGGCUUCAGGCGCGGCCCGGGCCACCCGGGCCGCCGGAAGCCAAGGCUUUGAAGGCUCUAACCGGCGGAGCCUGGCGAGACCGAGACCUUUGGCAGAGAGCCGCUUCCGAGGAGGAGGAGCGUCGCCUACGCCGCACCUUCAGUGAACCUUACCAGCGUCCUUUGAAGUCGCUCUUGCCCAAAGUUGUGCACAGAGCCAAGGGCUCUAGCAUUGCUUCUAUGGCGCAUCCCGAAUGCAUGUUUUCAAGGCCGCGGACAACCCAUGGUGGAUUCUCAGAGCCUGUUUGGUGCCCAUAA